AAUUUCUUAAGCAGGUGAAAUAGUCCUAGUUCAUAAGAAUUAUGUAAUUAUUUUCAGUUCACUCUGGAGCUAUAGAAUUUUAAUAUCUACAAAUGUCUGAAAUUUAGAAAUGAGUGUAAAGGUUUCUGUUAACAUGAUUUCUUGGCUGCAAAAGCAGACUGGUCUUCAGGACGGGAAAUCCUAGAUAGGCAGUUUUACAUUUGGCGUGAUACCUAAAACUUGAGUGCAAAAACUUGUGAAGAAUGUGAAGAGUCCUAUUUCUUCAGGAAAGGUUGCAACCUUGGUCUUUAAAGGUCCCAGUGACAAUCCAGGAACUGAUGGAUGUGAAAAGAUAACGCUGGUGACACACUGCAUAGCCGAAUGCAGAGACAAGUACGAACUCGCUCUGAUCUAAAGGGGCAUUUGGACAACCUUCAGUCCUGUUUUAAAGCACAGUAUAUUCGAUGGCACUGAUUUUUAUUUUAACUUGGGAUUUAUGUAUUUGCCAUGUGGAAACAUUUCCAACAGGACAGUCAACCUGAAAUGAAUGAGAAUAUGUUAAUCUGCUGUCUAAGCAGGGGAUACCCAUUAUACGAAGGUCACUUCAGGCAAAGGGGUCAAUGUCAAAGAGAAAAGCCACUUGUUAGAAUUCUCAGAAAUGAAGAUUGUCAUUACACAAAGAAACAGAAUCACACACACUGCAGGCAAUCACCUGCUGCAUCUUGAGAGCUAAGAAGUGUGAGAUUUUGCUGAGGUGUCUGAACUUCUGGGACCACAUAAGUGCCCCAAAGACCUAGAAAUGAUGUUGUCUCAAGGGCAAGGUGACUGGUCCAAAGAAGACGUUGAGAAGUUACUGGAACGUAUGGAGAGGAACCUUCCAUCCAAUGACAGCCACACAUUCAAAACAGCCCAGUCACUGAUGGACUGGGAAAAAGUAGCUUUUAAAGAAUUUUCUGGACAAAUGUGCAAACAAAAAUGGUUAGAGAUUUCUUAUAACCUGAGGAAGUUUCGGACUCUGUCAGAAUUAGUCUUGGAAGCAAAGGAAAAUGUUCACAGUUCUCACAAAAGCAGAAAACUCGAGAAGCAUCCUGAUUUCCCCAAGAAGCCCCUGACCUCCUACAUUCGCUUUUUCAAGGAGAUGCGACCCCAGUACCUCCAAAGACACCCUCAGCUGAGCAACCAGGAGCUGACCAAGGUCCUGUCUGAAGAAUACAAAAAGCUGCCAGAGCAGGUGAAGCUGAAAUAUACGCAAGAUUUCCAGAAGGAGAAACAGGAGUUUGAGGAAAAAAUGGCUCAGUUCAAGGAACAGCACCCUGAUCUAGUCCAGAAGUCCAGGAAGUCUGAUGUCCCCAAAGGAAGCCAAUCCAGACUCCAGGGAAAUGUGCAAAAAGUGAGGUCUCCCCCCAGAAACAAUGUAUCCAUGACGACGAAGUUCCAUGGAGAGCCCAAGAAGCCCCCGAUGCAUGGAUAUCACAAGUUCCACCAGGAUUUGUGGUCCAGCUGGCAGCUGAAAGGGCUGCCCUAUUGGCAGCGCAUGGUGGAGAUUGGUAGACUCUGGCAGCGGGUCCCCCAGAGCGAGAAGGAGCAUUACAAGCAGCAGGCUGAGCAACUGCAGAAACAGUACAAGGUGGACCUCGACCUCUGGCUCCAGACUCUGUCUCCUGAAGAAUAUGCUGCUUACAGAGAGCGAACCUGCAGUAAGCGUAGGAACAUGAGCAUGCCAGGGGGCCCGGACCCCAAGAUCAGAAAGAUGGCUCUGCAGUCCCCAUCAGCAGGGAAUCUGCAAGGAGGGCUUGGAGGGGACCAGGGCCUUCGAGAGACGGAAUCAUCAGACACUAUUGGAGAAAAUGUUUCACAGGCAUCAGAGGAAAAAAAGGACCUUAAGGAAAGGGAGGACGGCAGAAACUCCUCGGACAGCACCAGGGAGGAAGAUGAGGAUGGUGAGUCUCAGGACAGUAGCUCCAGCUCUUCUUCCUCAGAGGACUCCUCGGACUCAGAUUCCAACUGAGCUUUGUUCACAAUCAAAAGGGCGGCACAGAGAACUUUCCAGCCAAAGGCCAUGGCAUCGGCUUCAAACGGAAGGGCUCCUCUCCCUGUCCCUUUUCAUUGCCUGCCGUCUUCCCUUCCCUCUUCAAUGCAGAGUAGGACCUGUUGGAAAGAAGCUUCUGGUGCAGGAGUUUCUGGCUCCUCCCUAUGCCCCAGGUCUCCUCCCAGAGAAAGUCCCUGCAUUGAAGCUUGGAACAAACAAUGCGCUGAAUGGCCUGUGGGGGGCGCCCUGGACUCGACUGUGUCGCCUGGACUGAGACGUUUUGCUCUCCUCACCUUCUGGCUGCCAGAGGUGUCAGGGACCUCCAGGGGCCUGUGACUCCUCCCUUCUCGGUGGUCCUGGCCCUCAGGACUCCUGCAGGGGAACUGGGGAUUGGAAGAUUUGAUGGACUGCGCGUGGGACAAUUGCCUUUGCUGUCAACCUCCCUGCUCUCCGAAGCGAGGCGCUGUCUCUUCCCUGUCUUGCAAGUGGGCGGGGCAUGGGGGGCAGCGGCUUUUCCCUUUGUGUAUUUAUCCUCUUAGCUGUCAA